CUGAAUCCAUAUUUACAAAAGAAAACGUUUACUAUAUCAGUGUUUCCCAGGACCCCGCAUUUGCUAUAUCCGCUCUCCCCGGACCCCGCAUUCGCUAUAUCCAGUCUCCCCGGACCCCGCAUUCGCUAUAUCCCGUCUCCCCGGACCCCGCAUUCGCUAUAUCCCGUCUCCCCGGACCCCGCAUUCGCUAUAUCCGGUCUCCCCGGACCCCGCAUUCGCUAUAUCCGGUCUCCCCGGACCCCGCAUUCACUAUAUCCGGUCUCCCCGGACCCCGCAUUCACUAUAUCCGGUCUCCCCGGACCCCGCAUUCACUAUAUCCGGUCUCCCCGGACCCCGCAUUCACUAUAUCCGGUCUCCCCGGACCCCGCAUUCACUAUAUCCGGUCUCCCCGGACCCCGCAUUCACUAUAUCCGGUCUCCCCGGACCCCGCAUUCACUAUAUCCGGUCUCCCCGGACCCCGCAUUCACUAUAUCCGGUCUCCCCGGACCCCGCAUUCACUAUAUCCGGUCUCCCCGGACCCUGCAUUCAAUAUAUCCGCACUCCCCAGACCCCGCAUUUACUAUAUCUGGUCUC